UUUCUGAGCUGAUCUUGGAUGAAAGUUUGAUGUUGUGCCAAGAAAUGUGGCAGCUUCAUCUUUCCUUCUUUCUUCUUCUGGCCAGCUGAAGCCUGGUAUCCCCUAAUAUUUAUUAAUGUGCUUAAUGCAGAGGCAUUUCAAACAAUGAUGAGCAAGAUGUUUAAAUUAAACGCUGCAAAAGCCUUUGAAGGCUAAAUUGCAAGCACUUAGGUUGAGUUAAGUGAGCAAUUCUCUGUCCUCCCACGGAAUUAGAGUUAGUGCACUGCAGUUUCAGAAAGCCACUGUUUGCUAUUACAGCUAUACACACUGAAGUGGUCCUUCUUACAUAGCAAACAGAAUUUAAUUGACUCAGAGGAUGAAUGCCAACCUAAUGCAUGUGGUUCCCCCAGUAAGCAGGAACAGAAUAAUCUCCCAGUUUCCCAAGUGGUACACACCUGAGGCCUGUCUGCAGUUCAAAGAGCACUUCCAUGCACGGGUCAGGACUGCUUGUCAGCAGAGCACUGGAAUAGUUGGGCUGAGAAUAUCCAAAGUGGUUGUGGUAGGAGACCUGAGUGUUGGGAAAACCAGCCUUAUCAACAGGUUUUGUAAAGAUCAUUUUGACCGAGACUACAAGGCAACCAUUGGAGUGGACUUUGAAAUUGAACGCUUUGAAAUAAUUGGGAUACCAUACAAUCUCCAGAUAUGGGACACAGCAGGUCAGGAAAAGUUCAAGUGCAUUGCAUCUGCUUACUACCGAGGAGCAGAGGUUAUAAUAACAGUGUUUGAUCUGGCUGAUAUCCAGACUUUGGAUCACACCAAACAGUGGUUAGAAGAUGCACUGAGAGAGAAUGAGCCAGAUUCCAGCUUCAUCUUUCUGGUUGGAACAAAAAAAGAUUUGGUGUCAGAUGCUGUGUGUGAAAGGACAGAGCUAGAGGCCAUCCACUUUGCCAACGAGAUGCAGGCAGAAUACUGGUCGGUUUCAGCCAAAACAGGGGAAAAUGUCAAGGAGUUCUUUUCCCGAGUUGCUGCCUUGGCUUUUGAACAGUCCAUGAUAAAGGAAUUGGAGAAAACUGCUGAGCACAUGGUUGAAAUUGGGGCAGGAAACCUCUUCAAACUGGAAAAGAACAUCCCAGAAGGCAACACUCAUGAUAGCCUGAAUUGUUGCUAACUGUCAAGUGUUUGUGCAAGUGUCAUGCUUCUCUG